AUGGUCGGCACCCAACUAUGGGAGGACAGGGUCAAGCAGACUGUGUUUGACGAAGUGUGGAUUGGAUACGCAGCGCAGUUUUGGGGCAAGUAUGGCCACUACGACAAGGCCAGCAUACUGAAUGCAGACGAGACCGGCGUGAAUUUGCCGCUACUGUUCAGUUCAUUGUCAAGGGGAAGCCGGGCGGCACAAUUGAAAAGGGCGAGCUGUCCCCAUACGAUCGUCACGUGUAUGCUGUACAAGCAAAUGCUUGGAUGGAUGACCGUGUUUGGGCCAUCUAUCUGGAGCAUUUGCUUGCGCAGCAUGUGGAUGAUGCCUCUGUCGUUUUGGCCGACAACCUCGAUUGCCAUGUCUCGGGUGCAUCUCACCGACAAGGCGAUUGAGGCAAGUUUAGCGUGGUGGAACCAUUGUCACCGAAUUCGACGAGUCGAUGCCAGCAGCCGCUCGACGUUGGCGUCAUGGGCCUACUGA